GGUAUCAGAAUUGCUUGGCAGUGCAUCCCGUUAAGACCCAGAUCAUCAGCUCAGGAAUUAUUUGGGGAUGCGGCGAUAUUGCUGCUCAAACCGUCACUCAUUAUUCUACUGCCAAGAAAACACUUCAAAUUUCCGUAAGCAUGGUGAUGAAUGACUGGAAGGCCCAAUCCUUGGAGGGAGAUUAGGUUAUGGGGAUUGUAUUUGGAUUAGCCAUAACCUUCUUCUUAACUAAAAAUCCCUAGUAUCAUGUUAAUUUUGGAUAAAGAUGAAGAAUUAAAACUCAAUUGGAGACGAGUAGCUACCACAAGCUUAUUUGGGUUUGGAUUUGUUGGACCAGUUGGCCACUUCUGGUAUGAAGCUCUGGAUAGGCUUAUGAAGUCCCGACUUCAAUUACAGCCGAAAUCACUCCGAUUCGUCGCUAGUAAAGUGAUCAUUGAUGGGAUCAUUUUCGGGCCCUUGGAUUUGCUCGUGUUUUUCACUUACAUGGGUUUUUCUGCUGGAAAGAGCGCCACUCAAGUGAAGGAAGAUGUGAAGAGGGACUUUGUCCCAGCCCUCAUUUUGGAGGGUGCCAUAUGGCCGAUUCUUCAGGUUGCAAAUUUCCGAUUCAUCCCUGUGAGGUACCAACUCCUCUACGUAAACUUCUUCUGCUUGUUAGAUAGCUGUUUCCUAUCAUGGGUUGAGCAACAACAAGAUGCUGCUUGGAAACAAUGGUUCAAAUCUUUACCAACGACUAUAAAGGAACAAGAAGGCCAAGGCGGGGUUUGCUGGAGACCUGGACUCAUUUUGAGAAUUACCUGCAACAUCAGAAAAUACCAGCUAUUUCCUCAAGUCCCAUUCGCCGGAGGUGGUGGUGGAGAAGGAGGAGGAGGAGGCAAGAUCAGGUUUGCAUCCUUUUAUACAAUCGUUGAAAAGCACAGGUUGUUUCAAGAGAGCACACCCUGCAGCUGUGAACUUUGUACUGCAACCACCAUGAUCAGCCUGAACAAAAAUUACAGAUAGCAAUGUCAACACCGCCAAUAUUAUCAUUAAUUUCACACUAUUUGUGGCCAUCUUUCUCACUCUCUCUAGAAAAUAAAAAUAAAAAAUUAUUGUUUUGAAAGCUGAAACAUGUUGUCAAAAAUUUAUAUGGCUUGAACAUGCAUGGGUAAUCUCUUGGUUGUAGAAUGGAAGGCCCAUUUAAUGCAGAAACAUUUGUGUAUUAAAAAUUAUUUACAAUCUCAUGUCAUUUAUUGAAUCUUACCAUUCGUGUUUA